GCUUUUUUCUUGCUCUUCCCUCUUGCUUCUCUGUCUCUACUCUUCUUAAUAUACCCUCUCCACUCUCUUUUCUCAAUACCACAACCAUGGGCUCCGAAAACCCCUCCAAUGCCCUCUGGACCACCCAGUCCGUCCUCGCAACCCUUCCCCACCCCCCCGAAGAGAACUCCGCCUCCCCCAUCCCCUUCUUCCACCUCCUCGAGCGCCUGAAGACCACCAAGCGCGAAGGCUGGCGCCGAUUCGGGAUCAACUCCGGCGAAUCGAUCUCCGAUCACAUGUACCGGAUGUCGGUGAUGACGAUGCUGGCCCCGCCGUCGCUCGCCUCGCGCAUCAACCUGCCCCACUGCAUGAAGAUGGCGCUGAUCCACGACAUGGCCGAGUCUCUGGUCGGCGACAUUACCCCGGUCGACCGCGUCGACAAGUCCGAGAAGGCCCGCCGCGAGGCCGAUGUUAUGGAUUACAUCGCCAAGAACCUGCUGGGCGGGGUGCCGGGUGGCAUGCUGACGGGGGAUGAGAUCCUGAAGGUGUUCCGCGAGUACGAGGACAACGAGACUCUGGAGGCCUUGUUCGUCCACGACGUCGAUAAGAUGGAGCUGCUCCUGCAGAUGGUCGAGUAUGAGCGCACGCACGGCCUGGAUCUGUCGGAGUUCUGCCACGUUGCGGGGCGGAUUCAGCUGCCGGAGACGAAGGAGUGGGCGGCGGCGGUGAUGCAGGAGCGGGAGACGUUUUGGAAGAAGAAGGCCGAGGAGAAGAAGGACGCUACGGCUUAAUUUUUGCUGCCGGCGCAUGUACCCUCUACACCACAUAACAUAUGGACGGCGUUGAAUGUUCAUGUUCGGGUUCAUCUUGAUGUUUACGACCGUGGACGGAUUAAUUGUCUUGUCAGGGCUCAUGACCACGGCGGAUCACCGUGCGGCGUUCUCGGUUUUCUUUCUCCCCCUUUUUCUUCUAUUUCAGCACUUAGAUGCGAUCAGAUCGAGUCAAUAGACGACCAUGUAGCAAUAGACGAACCCUUACUCACAUACGAUAUAUCCCACAU